GAAGAUAGAGCAAUGUCUGCCAACUUGAAAUACCUAUCCUUGGGAAUUUUGGUCUUUCAGACUACCAGCUUGGUUCUAACAAUGCGUUAUUCUAGGACUUUAAAAGAAGAGGGACCUCGUUAUCUGUCUUCUACUGCAGUGGUUGUGGCUGAGCUUUUGAAGAUAAUGGCCUGUAUUUUACUAGUCUACAAAGACAGCAAAUGUAGUCUAAGAACACUGAAUCGAGUGCUACAUGAUGAAAUUCUUAAUAAACCUAUGGAAACACUUAAACUUGCUAUUCCAUCAGGAAUAUAUACUCUUCAGAAUAAUUUGCUUUACGUGGCACUGUCAAAUCUAGAUGCAGCUACUUACCAGGUCACAUACCAGCUGAAAAUUCUAACAACGGCAUUAUUUUCUGUAUCUAUGCUUAGUAAAAAAUUAAGCGUGUUCCAGUGGCUAUCUCUAGUUAUAUUGAUGACAGGAGUAGCUUUUGUACAGUGGCCCUCAGAUUCUCAAGAAUUUGAUUCUAAGGAGCUUUCAGCUAGCUCUCAAUUUGUAGGCCUCAUGGCUGUUCUCAUAGCUUGUUUUUCAAGUGGAUUUGCUGGAGUUUACUUUGAGAAAAUCUUAAAAGAAACAAAACAAUCAGUAUGGAUAAGAAACAUUCAGCUUGGUUUCUUUGGGAGUAUAUUUGGAUUAAUGGGUGUGUACAUUUAUGAUGGUGAAUUAGUAUCAAAGAAUGGAUUUUUUCAGGGGUAUAACCGACUGACCUGGAUAGUUGUUGCACUUCAGGCACUUGGAGGUCUUGUAAUAGCUGCUGUUAUUAAGUAUGCAGAUAAUAUUUUAAAAGGAUUUGCAACCUCUUUGUCCAUAAUAUUAUCAACGCUGAUAUCCUACUUUUGGUUACAAGAUUUUGUGCCAUCCAGUAUCUUUUUCCUUGGAGCCAUCCUUGUAAUAACAGCUACUUUCCUGUAUGGAUAUGACCCCAAGCCUGCAGGAAAUCCUACUAAAGCAUAG